AACUAAUCCUAUACACAUCCAGAUACAUAGGUAUGCUACCUAGGUAAAAGACAGCGUGCCUCCCAAUGACAUCAGAAUGUCCGCCGCAAACACCAGCCUUCCAAGAACUAUCGCGCAUCUUCGCGACCAGAGGUGAUUGCGUUCUUGAAAUUGAAAUCCUCCCGCCGGCUCUUGGGCCGUUUCUCCAGGAUGAGCAGUCAAUCGGGGCCACAAAGAAAUAUCUAGUGCAGGCCUUUGUAACUGCCCGAGACGUCUUCUUUGGAACCCUGAGCCACGGCCAUAAAGUCUCCAGUGGGGAUGCAAUAGACGACGACGACGACGACGACGAGGUGAAUACGAAGCUCCGAACCGCCUCGGAGAUCAUCCUCCUUUUCGACUGCGAACAUCUCACAGCAUGUAACUGGCGAAAAAAGUGGCUGGUCACCUUACUUCAUGGUCAUUUGGACCAAAAUGAGCUCGACCGUGCACUCAGCACCGAACUGUCCCUGAUGACAACGUAUCUUUGUUCUCCGCUACACCGUCAUACCAAAUCACCUACGCUCUGGCAGCAUCGCCUCUGGGUGCUAGCACACCUGGUGAAGCUACGCAAGCCAGAAUUGGAGACGACAAAGGGCCUUUUCCAAGCUGAAUUAGCCGUUGGUCUACGUGCGGGCGAGCUGCAUCCCAAAAACUACUACGCCUUCAACUCCAUGCGAGAGCUCCACCACCUCUUAUCCGGGCUUGGCGGGGAGAUGGGAGACUGGAGUAUUCUCUUAGCACGGAGCAUCGUCGAUACUGUACUCGACUGGUGUAUGGCCCAUCCAGCCGAUAUAUCGGGCUUAAUGUUUCUGCUCUAUUUACUAGAUGCAGCCCGCAAUCCGACUCUGCAUCUCGAGAGUGUCGGGAAGCUGGUCGAGUUUGCGCUGGAUAUCGGCUGGGAAGGCGAGAGUCUCUGGACUUGUGUGGAUUUGAGUACCAGGAAGUUCAAGCUGCGGGAUGGCCUCGGACAAAAUGUGAAUACAUACCCAUGGAAUUUCAUGUUCCACCCUGCGAAGGAUAGGGACGGCGAGGAAAUGGGGUGGAGGUCAUGGGUAGAUAAGGCUAGGAUUCACUGGAGCGACACUCGACAAACCGUGAAUAAACCCACAUAAAUCAACACAGCCUUGCCACCUGUAUAUCCCUACCUACCCAGUAAUAGCAACGCUCCUUCAA